AAGCGGCACGUGGGUGAGCAGGAGGAGGAUGCUGACCUUUGGAUCGGAUACUCUGCCUUUCAUUUGGGUGACUACAAGAGAGCACUGGAGGAAUAUGAGGCCUUAACCAAACAACCAGCUUGCAAUCCAGAUGUUUGGGUGAACCUUGCCUGUACGUACUUCUUUCUAGGGAUGUAUACACAAGCUGAACAAGCAGCCUUGAAAGCACCUAAGAGUCGUCUCCAGAACCGUUUACUCUUUCACCUGGCACAUAAGUUUAGUGAUGAGAAGAAACUGAUGAGUUCUCACCAGAAUCUGCAAGACAUUACAGAAGAUCAGCUUAGCUUGGCAUCUAUCCACUACAUGCGGUCCCACUACCAAGAAGCUAUUGAUAUCUACAAACGCAUUCUUCUUGAUAAUCGGGAGUACCUGGCUCUGAAUGUAUAUGUGGCCCUGUGCUAUUACAAACUGGAUUACUAUGAUGUGUCACAGGAAGUGCUAGCUGUUUAUCUUCAGCAGGUUCCUGACAGUACCAUUGCUCUCAACCUUAAGGCUUGUAACCAUUUCCGUCUUUACAAUGGGAAGGCUGCUGAGGCAGAGCUCAAGAACCUGACGGACAGUGCCUCAUCAUCUUUUGAGUUUGGCAAGGAGCUCAUUAAGCACAAUCUGGUGGUGUUCCGAGGAGGAGAAGGGGCUUUGCAGGUCCUGCCUCCUCUGGUUGAUGUUAUUCCUGAGGCAAGACUGAAUCUUGUGAUUUACUAUCUCCGGCAAGAUGAUGUACAGGAGGCUUAUAACCUGAUUAAGGACCUGGAACCUACAGCUCCACAGGAGUACAUCCUCAAAGGAGUGGUAAAUGCAGCACUGGGACAAGAAAUGGGCUCGAGAGAUCAUCUGAAAAUUGCUCAGCAGUUCUUCCAGUUGGUGGGUGAAUCAGCCAGCGAAUGUGAUACCAUUCCAGGGAGACAGUGCAUGUCCUCCUGCUUCUUUCUUCUUAGACAGUUCGGUAAUGUCCUGAUUUACCUCAACUCAGUCAAGAGUUACUUCUAUAAUGAUGACACUUUUAACUUCAACUACGCCCAAGCCAAAGCUGCCAUGGGCAAUUUUAGUGAGGCUGAAGAGGUGUUCCUUUUGAUCCAGAGUGAGAAGAUAAAGAAUGAUUUUGUUUACCUUAGCUGGCUAGCUCGCUGCUAUAUUAUGAAUAAGAAACCACAGCUGGCCUGGAAGCUCUAUCUGAAGAUGGAGACCUCAGGGGAGUCCUUCAACCUUUUGCAGCUCAUUGCAAAUGAUUGCUACAAAAUGCGUCAGUUUUACUAUUCCGCCAAAGCAUUUGAUGUUCUGGAGAGACUGGACAGUAAUCCUGAAUACUGGGAAGGCAAGAGAGGUGCUUGUGUGGGUGUCUUUCAAAUGAUCUUAGCUGGCCGAGAAGCAAAAGAGACUCUAAGGGAAGUGCUGCAUCUUCUGAAGAGCACUGGUAAUUCUCAAGUAGAAUACAUUGUCCGCAUCAUGAAAAAGUGGGCCAAGGAGAACAGAGUUCCUGUUUAA